CCCCACCUCCAAGGGAAGUGACCACAGUCACACAGAGAGACCGAGUUCACAAUCAAAGCCGGAAGGAGGCAGGUGAGAUAUCCGCGUUUUUUUCCAGAGGGAAAAUCUACACGUACGGGAAGAAAUAAAAGCAGCAACUUUAACAAAGAGUGGACCACAUCUGACCGGCAGGUAGUUUCAUAAAGAACGUGGACCGCGGCAGAAGGAGAGGCACGAGAGCUCAAGCACGAGUACGACUUCCCAUUAGCGGAGCAUCUUGUGACUUUUAAAUUUUUUGAAACAUUUUAUUUAUUUUUUGCCCAAGAGAAGAGGAAGAGAGUCGUCACAAAGCCGGUGGAGCCGGUGUGUGUGUGUGUGUGUGUUUUUCUUCUUCUCCACUUCUCCCUCCGGCAUUGACGGCUUUUUGAACAAAGAACCAGUCGAGAAGACAACUGUAAAUAAAAGAGAACGAGGCACACAGCCCGAAGGAAAGUAAUUAUCUGUUACACUCUUGAGUGUCUUGAAACACAGCCAGUGGGGGUUGUGGACUCUAUUCUUGAGACAGCUAACACACACACACACACACACACACACACACACACACACACGCCCCCCCCCAGAGAACGAGUUCUGGUUGUCGAGCGGUUUUCUUUUCCGACCGCGGUGGAGGAAAGCCGGCAUGGAUGUUGGUUUCUCUGUGCGCUCGGAGGCAGUUGGAGCCAUGAGGACGGCGCUGAACUCCGCCGAGAACUUACAGCUCACUCUGAAGACCGGGCUCAGUCAGGAAGAGAAGGCCCUCACACACGCCGAGCGUAGCCCCGAGGAGACACGCAAAGCCGGGAAUGAAGACCUCAAAGAGAUGUUGGAGAGCAACAAGGAGUCGCUCAAACUGGAGGCCAUGAAACGGGUUGUUGGGCUGAUUGCCAAAGGGAAAAAUGCAUCCGAGCUGUUUCCCGCUGUCGUGAAGAACGUGGCGAGUAAGAACAUCGAGCUAAAGAAGCUUGUGUAUGUGUACCUGGUGAGGUACGCUGAAGAGCAGCAGGACCUGGCGUUGCUGUCCAUCAGCACCUUCCAGCGGGCCCUCAAGGAGCCGAACCAGUUCAUCCGGGCCAGCGCACUGAGGGUUUUGUCCAGCAUCCGGGUCUCCAUCAUCGUCCCCAUCAUGAUGCUGGCCAUCAAGGAGGCGUCGGCCGACAUGUCCCCAUAUGUCAGGAAGACGGCGGCCCACGCCAUCCAGAAGCUCUACAGCCUGGAUCCAGACCAGAAAGAGCAGCUGAUCGAAGUGAUCGAGAAACUCCUGAAAGACAAAAGCACCCUGGUGGCCGGCAGCGUGGUGGUGGCGUUUGACGAGGUGUGUCCGGACCGCAUCGACCUCAUCCAUAAGAACUACAGAAAGCUGUGCAACCUGUUGGUGGACGUGGAGGAGUGGGGCCAGGUGGUCAUCAUCUCCAUGCUGACGCGCUACGCCAGGACACAGUUCACCAGCCCCUGGAAGGAGGGCGCCAUGUUCGACGAGGACAACGAGAAGGCGUUCUACGAGUCCGAGGAGGAGAAGAAGGACCAGACGGAGGCGACGCCGUACACCAUGGAUCCAGAUCACAGGCUGCUGCUCAGGAACACCAAACCUCUGCUGCAGAGCAGGAACACGGCUGUGGUGAUGUCUGUCGCUCAGCUCUAUUGGCAUUUGGCUCCUAAGCAUGAAGUCAACAUCGUCACCAAGUCACUGGUUCGACUACUGAGAAGCCACAGAGAGGUGCAGUACAUUGUGCUCCAGAACAUCGCCACCAUGUCCAUUCAGAGGAAGGGGAUGUUCGAGCCCUUCAUGAAGAGCUUCUACGUGAGAUCUACAGAUGCCACACACAUCAAAACGCUGAAGUUGGAGAUCCUGACCAACCUCGCCAACGAAGCCAACAUCUCAACUAUUCUGAGGGAGUUUCAGACCUACGUAAAGAGCCAGGACAAGGCGUUCGCGGCGGCCACCAUUCAAGCCAUCGGCCGGUGUGCCACCGACAUCUCCGAGGUCACGGACACUUGUCUCAGCGGUCUGGUGCUGCUGCUUUCCAACCGGGACGAGACGGUGGUGGCCGAGAGCGUGGUGGUGAUCAAGAAGCUGCUCCAGACUCAGCCCACCCAGCACAGCGACAUCAUCAAACACAUGGCCAAGCUCUUCGACAACAUCUCGGUCUCCAUGGCCCGAGCCAGCAUCCUGUGGCUGAUGGGGGAGUACUGUGAGCGGGUGCCAAAAAUUGCGCCCGAUGUCCUCCGUAAGAUGGCGAAGACUUUCACGGCGGAGGAGGACAUCGUGAAGCUGCAGACGGUCAACCUGGCAGCCAAACUCUACCUCACCAACUCCAAGCAGACGAAGCUGCUGACCCAGUACAUCCUGAACCUCGGCAAAUACGACCAGAGCUACGACAUCAGAGACCGAACCCGCUUCGUCAGGCAGCUCAUCGUGCCCAACGAGAAGAGCGGCGCCCUCAACAAGUACGCCCGGCGCAUCCUGCUGGCCCCCAAACCGGCCCCGAUGCUGGAGUCUGCCUUCAAAGAUCGAGACCGCUUCCAACUGGGCACUCUCUCCCACAGCAUCAACAGUAAAGCCACUGGAUACCAGGAGCUCUCGGACUGGCCGGCGGUGGCUCCCGACCAGUCUGUGAGGAACGUGGAGGUCGUUGAGCCAGCGCAGGAGUCGGCACCGUUGGUCGGGAAGACCAAGAAACCCAAAUCAUCCGAUGCCAAGUUCUACUCGGACGACGAAGAGGAGAAAGAAGAGGAAGCGUCUGAGAGCGGUGGCAGUGAAGGCAGCAGCAGCAGCAGCAGUGAAGAGUCGAGCAGCGAGAGUGAGGAGCAAAGCAGUGACGAGUCGGACGAGACCUCCAGCGACUCCGGAAAGAGCUCCAGCGGCUCGGAGAAAAGCUCCAGCGAAUCCGAACCCGAACAGAAGAAGAAGACAAAGACCAAGAAGGCACCGCAGAAGAAGAGCAAGGCGGCGGCGGCUGCUUCCAGCGACUCGGAUGAGAACGGAAAUGGACCGGUGACCCGGGACAGCAGCUCGUCGGCCCAAAGCUCCUUCGGCUCGGAGACCGACUCCGAGGACGACUCCGAUUCAGACGCCCCCCCCCCGCCGCCGGCGCAGCAGAAGAAGAAGAAGAGUGACGUGAAGGCCAAACUUAAGGUGGAAGAGAAGUCCAAGAUGGAGGUCUCCUUACUGGAUCUAAAUGACUUUUCUCCUGCGCCCGCAAACGCACCGAAGCCUGCGGUCAUCUCUCCGUCGCUGCUGUCCGACCUCGAGGGCCUCUCCCUCUCCAACGUCUCCUCCACCGUGCAGGUCACCGCUCCAUCUUUCGGCCCCGUGAAAACCCACGAGCUGCUUCACCACAUGACUGGAAAAGGACUGUCGGCCAAGUACCACUUCCCCAGGCAGCCCUGUUUGUACCAGCCCAGUAUGGUGGCCGUACAGGUCAUACUGGCCAACAGCUCAGACCACAGCCUGGAGAAAAUCCACAUAGGGGACCGAAGCCCCGCGGGCCUGAACAUCCACUGCUUCAACACCAUCGAGCGGCUGGAGCCAGAGGCCUCGGUGACGGUUUCCAUGGGUAUUGACUUCAGCGACUCGACACAAGCGGCCAACUUCCAGUUGUGCACCAAGGAGGACCAGUUCAGUGUGUCCAUCCAGCCGGUGGUGGGAGAGCUGUUGAUGCCCAGUACCAUGAGCGAGCAGGACUUCAGCAAGGAGCAAGGUAAGCUCCUGGGCAUGAACGAGACCUCGGCAACCGUCGCCAUGGCAACAGCAAACACCUCCAGCCAGGCCGUCAGCAAGCAGGUCCUGUCGGUGGCCAACGUGGGAGUGGUGUCGUCCGGCCCGAACGACCUCCACAGGUUUGCCGGGCGAACGGUCAGCAGCGGAGCCCUGGUCCUGGUCUCGCUGGAGCUGAAGGAGUCCUCCGCCCUGCUCACCAUCAACACAGAGAAGAGCGUCAUGGCGUCCAUGUUGCUCCGAGACCUCAAACAAGCCCUCGCCCUGGCGUAGAGAUCCCUCCCUCCCUCCCUCCCUCCCCUUUAGUAAAGGUAAAGGGGAACCACACUUCAUCAAAAAGGUUUCACAUGUUUUUAUCUCUGUGGUUGAGGACAAUUCGGGCACUUUUAUCCGAAAAUACAGAAGUAGCGCUUGAAUGGAACUGGAAACAAUAAUUUUUUUAUGGUUUAUUUUGGAAAGGAUUGUCCUGAAUCACGGGGAUAACUUUGUGAAAGUCUUCAUAUAUAAAGUGUCGAAACCCCUUUUAAAAAACACACACACACAGAGGGCAUCAAAGAAUUGAUUUUUAACGCGUGACCUUCAUAAGUCGCUCCAUCCCAUCAUGUACAAACCGACUGGUACUCAGCGGGUACUAUUUACAUUUCAUGCCGUCUCAACAUUAUUAUGUGCAGACGGUUGUACCCACGUUUUUGGGUACAUCGCCGCUUCACUCACGAUUUCACCUUGAAGUUUAGACCUCGUUGCACGACGAACGCCAAACGAGCCUCCGACCCUGACGCAGUUCAAAAAAACACAUUUGUUAAAGUGCCUUCUACAUGAAAAUAAUGUUAUUUAGAAAACCAAAAGCUAUAUGUUAGACUUAAAUCAACAAGGUCUUUUUAUUUGUACCGUUUUGCCUGAACAAUAAAAAGUGAAUUUAUUAAAACG